UGGCUCGCGCAACAGCUGUCGCGGAGGAGAAAUGGUCGUGUGACAACUACUUCGGACGGACAAACGCUGCCGCCGCUGCUGCGUCUGACGAGCGCAUUUUCCUAAUCGAAUCAGGACUAAUUGGAUUCCGUCAGCAUUACAUGCCACCGGCUGUAGCUUCCCAUGGGGCAUGGAGAACAAUCUGGUGGCGGAGUUUUGCGCUCACACAGGAGCAGACCCAGGUGUAGCCCGGAACAUUCUCCAAGCCGAGAACUGGGACCUGCACUUGGCGGUCAAAUCGUACAACUUUCUGAUGAUGGGCCACGAGACGGUGCCAACCUCGACGGCGUACCGGCCCCUGCUCCUCAACGGCAGCACGCACGUUCCUCCGCCGCCGCCUCCGAUUCCACCGCUGCCAGCCUCGCUGUCUGCCUCCACCAGCCGUCCAGUUUUGCAGAAGGCAGACGCCGUCGAUUUCACAGAAGGGAAAAAAUUGGCUAGAGGAAUUUCGAGGGCGACGGACAAUGUCAAUUUGGUGUCAAAGGCUCGUUCAGAGUUCGCACUCGACUUCAGAGAUAACAAUGCCUUGGUGAACCUGAACCAGUACUUUAUUGAAACACCCGUUUACACCUUCACACUGCCAGAUCUCACAAUAUAUCCAGAUGAUUUUCGAGCCUUCUUGGAAAAAGACUUGAUUGAGAAGUCGACGUUAGCAUCACUAGAGCAGUCGGGUAGAUUGAAUUGGUGGGCGGACUCGGGAGCAUGUCAGAGAUUAUGGCCGUUGGCCACUUCAGGCGACGGAAACUGCCUCCUGCACGCUGCAUCACUAGGAAUGUGGGGCUUCCAUGAUAGGCUGCUGACCCUGCGAAAGGCACUCUACAACUUCCUCACCAACAGCGACUGCCAAGCAGCCCUCUGGAGGCGUUGGAGGUGGCAGCAAACGCAGCUCAACCAGCAGGCAGGGUUGGUUUACAGCGAGUUGGAGUGGCAGAAAGAGUGGGACAGCAUCGUUAACAUGGCAUCAACGGCGCCAAGAAAGGGAACCACCACAAGGAGACGAAGCAUGGCUUUUGAUUCGGCAUUUGGAAAGCAAAGCGAUGACUGUUCUGAAAACGCAGUAUACGAAAGUCUAGAAGAGGUCCAUGUCCUCGCUCUGGCCCACGUUUUGAGGAGACCAAUCAUUGUGAUAGCUGAUCUUGUUUUGAAGGAUAUAAACGGAGAAGCACUGGCUCCAAUUCCAUUUGGCGGAAUCUACCUUCCUCUAGAAUGUCCACCUCAAGAGUGCCACAGAUCCCCGUUAGUUUUGACCUACGAUGCAGCCCAUUUCUCAGCUCUUGUUGUAAUGGAAAAGGAGUCUUUUGUUGAUAAAGCACCACAACCACCAGCUGUGAUUCCAUUGACUGACUCAGAACACGAGCUGCUUCCAAUCCAGUUCAAUAUCGACCCUGGCGAGCAAUUUGUCUGGGGCCGCGAUGAGCACAUCCCUAAUUUAGCAAGCCGCUUCACUCUUGCACAAAAGGAUAGACUGGGUCUGCUGAGGGAGUACUUGGACGUCAUCACCGUGCCCCUGAGCCCGAUGGAGGCUGGAGAGAGUGGUGAGACGGACUUGGAAGGUUCGUCGCCUGUGGAGGAGGAGGAAAUUGAAAGGCGGCUAUCUGAGGUUGACCUGGAGUGUGACGAAAUGAGCAGCUCCUCCGACAGCGGGGUCUACAAGAGUAAGGCCGCCAAACAACUGCAGUCUGUGGCCAAACAGUUCGGCAGCAUCGGCAAGUCAAUGAGCAAACGCAUCAAGAAAAACUUUGGCAGCAUUACAAAGAUGACUCGAAACAACUCGCUGAAGAAAAAAGGCAACUCUGGAGGAAAAAGAGAGGCUGAGAGCCGCAAGCAGAGCCAGGACCACAUUUUGUGUGCUGUUCUGCAUACGGAGAAGAGACACGAGUACCAGGAGGAGAUGGUCAGGAACUACCUUCAGUCUGCUAGAAUAAGGUUCGAAAAAGACCAAGAGUUGCGGAACAGACAGGCUGAGGAACGACGGGCCAAAGAAAGUGACACCGAUGGCCCGUCACUGUGUGUUAGCCCUGGAUGCAGUCUGUACGGCACAGCAAACACCAGCUACCUGUGCUCAGGUUGCUACGCCAAGCAGAAGGAGCACAUCAACUCUCCCCUCAUGUCCAGGGCCAACGAGGCCAAAUAUGGAACGGGACGGUCGAAAUUCUACGCAGAGUCCAAUGCAGAGGCUUACCAGUUGGCGGCCAAGAUCCCGCUCAGCAGGGCAGGCAGCAACACCGACCAGACUUUGUAUCUGUCCAAGUCCACCUUCUACAAUGAUACGGAGAGUCCCGCCCUGAGCAGGAAGGCUGGCGGCGGCGCCACGUGGGAUACGAAUUUUGUGGCCCAAGGUCAUGUGACGGUGGUGCCUGUGAACAACAGCUCGAGCAGCUCGCCGUCCAACAUCAGACGCGACUAUGCUGGCUUCAAAAUGCUGGACACUGCAAGCUCGAGGCCAUGUCGGACGCCAGAAUGCAAGUUCUUUGGAUGCCCCGAUACAGACUUUUACUGUUCAAAGUGUCACAAAGAAAAUCACCUGUUGCUGAGGAACAUGAAUAUCCAAGAGAUGCGAAUCUGAAAUUGUGAACUCCUAGUUUAACCUACCAAAUAAUUGAAAGUGGAGGCCCCGUGUUUAAAUGUUUGGAAAGGCCGUUGCUGAACUAAAAAAUUAAUGAAAAGAAAAGAUACACCUGCUUUAUUUUAUAUCUUAUUGCCAAUACUCUUGAUCUGAUUGCAAGGCCUUCCCGAAAGUGAAGAAUUCUCAUCAUCGCCAAAGGGCUCUGAGAUUUUUUGUCGCAAAAUGAAGAAGUGUUACAAACGCCUGGCAGUGCCAAAAUAACCCCACGCAAUAAUGAUGAUUUGAACCCUUGUUGUAUUUGGUAAUUCUGGAUGUAUUUGAUCUGCUUCAAAUUGCAACUAUUAUUGCAAGAUAAUUUUUACUUUUGGCUCCUUCUAUUAUUCAACUCCUCUUGUCGUCAAAAUAUCCUGGGAUUAUUUUAAAGAGCAGGAACAAUUGCAAAGUAAUAACACAAAUGUUGUGAAUUUGUAUGUGAUGUUAAAAAUAAUAAGAAUCUUGUUAGUAUUGUGAGCUCUCAUUUAAGUGAGUAUUUUUGAUGCGAUACUUAAUAAUGAAUAAUGUAAAUUUAAGUGAGUAUUUUCAACUGAAUGUUUGUAAUGCGAAUUUAAUAAUUUAGCCUGUGAAGUAUUUUCAUCUAGUGUUCUUUUUUUCUGGUAUAUACUUAAUUUUGCAUCAAGUGGGACUAUAAAAGCGCAUCCUCUGCUAACCCAAAAGUUCCUUCAUAAAAAGCAAAAAAUGUUGAAGUAUUAUUAUAAAGUAUAUUACAUUAAACGGAAACAAAAAUGCAUAUAUAACAAAAUAAUAUCAAAAGUUGAAAGCAAUCUUCUGUUAUUGCUACAGCCUCUUUUAAUUCAAUGUAAUCAUCAUGAUGAUCAAAGAAGAAUAAAACAAAUUUUUGUUAUUUAAUCUGCAUCCAAA